UAGUAUCGUAGUAUAGUAUAAUAUACAAUACAUUGAUAAACAAUUUUUUAKAAGAAAAAUAUUGUAAAAAAAUGAUGAUCUCUAAUAAAUUAACUACAAUAAUUUCCCUGGGAUUCAUUGUAUCUAUUAUUCUACUCAAAGAUGUGCAUUCAUCAAGAGUAUUAGAACUUAGUGAUGGGUUCAUUGAMAUGAAAAACGAUGGRCAUUGGUUUAUAAUGUUUUAUGCUCCGUGGUGUGGCCAUUGUAAGAAGUUAGAACCUAUUUGGCGUCAUGUUGCUCAAGCAUUACACCACUCUGAUAUAAGGGUUGGAAAAAUAGAUUGUACAAGAUAUAAAAGAGUAGUUUCGGAAUUUGGAUUGUCAGGGUAUCCUACAAUUAUGUUCUUUAGAGAUCGAGAAGGUGAAUUUAAAUUUAAUAGCGAACGAUCUACAGAAGAAAUGGUUCAUUUCGCAAAGCGAUUGGCUCGUCCUCCUGUUCAAGAAGUCACUGAUAGUAAAGACAUUGAAAUGCUUAAACAAACAAACAAAAACUUCUUUAUGUUUAUUGGAAAAAGUGUUGGCCAUACUUGGGACCUCUUUUACGAUUUAGCAAAACAAUAUCAAGCACAUUCUUAUUUUUAUAUCACACCUGAACUAACUGGAAAACAGCAUUUUGUUUUUGGCGAAACUCCUGCAGUUGUGGUGUAUAAGGAAGAACAACAUUACUCUUUCAAUGCUGAUGAAUGGGAUAUGGACUUCAAUACAAGCUUGACACAAUGGAUAAAUACAGAAAGAUUUGAUACUUUUGUAAAAGUAACUCGAUCAAAUAUUCACCAUAUGUUGGAGACCAACAAGUACUUAGUUUUAGCAGUAGUGGAAGAGAAUAAAAUUGAAAAGUUGCCUCCACACCAUUCACAGUUUCUUCAAAUGGUAGAAUCAGUUAUUGUAAAGAAUAGAGAACGUUUUCAUAGGGACUUUCAAUUUGGAUGGAUUGGUUCUCCAGAUUUUGCCAGUUCUAUUACUUCAUCAGAUGUAACCCUACCAUCAUUAAUCAUUUACAAUUCAUCUACUAGACAUCAUCAUUUUCCAGAAGAAAAACCAAAUGAUCUGACACCUGAAUCAAUUACUUUAUUUUUAGAAGCUGUAAGAAAUCAAUCAGUAAAGGCAUAUGGAGGAAGUGGUGUAUUUAUACAGAUGUACAGGAUGUAUUAUGAGACAAAAAAAUCAUUAGUAAAUAUUUGGGUUAGCAAUCCUGCAGUUGCUAGUGUUUUAUUUGGAUUACCUAUWGGCUUCCUAUUAUUAAUAUGCUAUUCUACAUGUUGCACAGACAUUAUGGAUGCCAGUGAUGAUGAUGAAGAUGAUGUACAUCACGAAAAGAAAGAAUAAGAAAUAAGAAAAGCUACUCAUUUAAAUAUUCAGGCAUAUUGAUUUAUUAACAGAUGCUGAAUAAAUAUUU